AUGAGUGCAAAUACAGGAUCUAACGCAUACAUAGAUGACUCUGUGACCUUUGAGUCUUUCCAACUAGAUCCAAGGCUCCUUCAAUCGAUAAAGUACAAUGGCUAUGACAGGCCGACCUUGAUUCAAUCCAGUGCCAUCCCGUUGGCUUUGGAACAAAGAAGAGACGUCAUUGCCAAGGCAGCUACAGGGUCAGGAAAGACGCUUGCUUACCUUAUUCCUGUGAUUCAAACAAUUUUGAACUAUAAGCAAUCGGAGCAGAACAAUUCCCAAACGCAGGAGCCAAAAACUUUAGGGAUCAUCUUAGUGCCUACCCGCGAACUUGCUCAACAAGUUCAGUCUGUUUUGUCCAAGCUUGUUCUUUAUUGUUCUAAGGACGUGCAUUCUCUGAAUCUGUCAUCUCAACUAUCGGAAAGUGUAUUGACGUCGUUGCUCCUAGACAGGCCAGAGGUGCUAAUUUCCACUCCUUCUAAGCUGCUUAAUGUGCUUGAAACAAAAAGCAGUGCUCUUUCUUUGGAGGAUCUCAAAUUUUUGGUGAUAGAUGAAGUUGAUCUGGUCCUAACGUUUGGGUACCAGGAAGAUCUAAACCAAAUUUCAAGUUACUUACCGCUCAAAAAGAACCUCCAAACCUUCUUGAUGAGCGCAACCUUGAAUGAGGAUAUUCAGGAUUUGAAAAUGCGCUUUUGCCGCUCUCCUGCCAUUUUAAAACUAAAUGAAGAAGAGAUCAACAAGGACCAGAGUAAGCUCUUACAGUAUUACGUCAAGGUCAGUGAGUUUGACAAGUUCUUGCUAUGCUACGUCAUUUUUAAGCUGGGCCUUCUCAAAGGGAAAACGUUGAUUUUUGUGAACAACAUUGAUAGAGGCUACAGACUUAAACUGGUGCUUGAGCAAUUUGGCAUCAAAUCGUGCAUUUUGAACAGCGAGUUGCCCGCAAAUUCGCGGCAGCACAUUGUUGAAGAGUUCAACAAAAAUGUAUAUCAGCUUUUGAUUGCCACUGACGAUACAGAAUACAUCAAGGAGGAAGAAGAUGGGCAAAACCUAAGCGACGACGAAGGUGCGGGUGAAAAUACAGCAGACGCCAAUAGCUCUGCUUCAACAAGCAAGAAGGAAAAGAACAAAGGUAUUAAUCUCAAAAAGGAUAAAGAUUACGGCGUUUCUCGCGGUGUGGAUUUCCAGAACGUUGCAUGUGUUCUAAAUUUUGAUUUGCCUACAACUGCUAAAUCAUAUGUUCAUAGAAUUGGAAGAACGGCUCGUGCGGGAAAAUCGGGCGUUGCCAUUUCUUUCGUUGUGCCCUUGAAGGAGUUUGCAAAACACAAGCCAUCAAUGUGUCCAACUGCUAAGCGGGAUGAGAAAAUACUCAGCAGAAUAAUAAAACAACAGAGCAAGCUAGGAUUUGAAAUAUUACCCUACUCCUUUGAUAUAAAGCAGGUGGAAGGUUUCCGUUACAGAAUGGAGGAUGGAUUCCGUGCUGUUACUCAAGUCGCUGUUCGUGAAGCUCGUGUGAAAGAGUUGAAGCAGGAAUUAUUGACAAGCAGCAAGUUAAAGAGACAUUUUGAAGAAAACCCACAAGAUUUGCAGAGUUUGAGACACGACAAAGAGCUCCACCCUGCCAGAGUUCAGCAGCACCUCAAAAGAGUCCCUGACUAUUUGCUGCCAGAGGCCGCGAGGCAGGAUAAGAAAAAAAUUGGGUUUGUGCCUUUCCACAGCGCUAAGAAUCUCAAGAGAAAAAACAAAGUUUACAAGAAAAAUAAUAAGAGAAGUGGGAAGCUAGAUCCUCUGAAAAAUUUCAAAUAG